GCGCGCAGCCCCACGGGCUCCGCGCGUGCCGCGGCGGCACCCCACGAUGGCGCGCCGGCGUCCUUCGAGCCGCGGGCGCGGGCGCGGGCGGCGGCGGCCGCGGAGGAGAGAGAGGCGGCCGCGAGGAGGGAGCGCGAGGGGGCGCUGCAGGACCGGGUGCUGGCCCUGGAGGAGGAGCUGCGCCAGAGCCGUGAGGGCGUGCCCGCGGAGCUCGUGCGAGAGCAGGAGCAGCAGAUGGCGAUGCUGCGCGACGAGGUGCUGCGGCUGCAGGAGGGGCUCGCCGGCGAGCUGCAGCGGGAGCACGAGCUGACGCGGGCGGAGGCCCGCGCCGCCGACGAGGCGCGGGGCGAGGCGCAGAGCCGCCUGGGGCAACUGCAGGAGCGCGAGACGGAGGCGAGGCUGCUCCGCGAGCGGGCGGAGGAGUCCGCGCGCCACGCCGCGGUGCUCGAGGGCGAGGUGUGCGCCAUCCCGCGCGGGCUCGCCGCCGACGUCCGAGCGAGCUCGAGCGUCGGCUGCAGGGCCGCCCGGAGCUGGAGGAGGAGGAGGAGACGGCAGCGCCGCCGACGCGGCGGCGCUCGCGCUCGAGGAGGCGCGGGCAGCACGCCAGCUGCUCGAGGAGGAGCGCCGGCGUGCCGGCGGCCUCGAGGUCGCCCUCGCAGAGGCUCGCCGCCAGCUGGAGGAGGACGCCGUCGACGCCGCCGGCACCGCCGCCUCGGCGCCCGGCUCUGGCGGGUGGCACCGCGACUGGCAGCAGGCCCCAGCCGCCUGCGAGGAGGUGCACGACCUCCGCCUGCGCUGCCAGGAGCUCCAAGGCGAGGCCGAGGACGCGCGCUCCGCCGCGCUCGGCGCGGCGGAGCUGAGGGCCGCUCUCGAGGACCGGGACAACGAGAUCAAGCUGCUCAUGUACCGCCUCCAGGAGCUGUCGUCGCAGUACACGCCCGUGCCGGGCGACCACGUUGACUCGACCCUGGCGCGCUGGGUGAACGGAUACAGGCCAGCCGUGCCGUUCUUCCGCCUGAACCCCGGCCUCUACCUGUUCGGGCGGCGCCAGGUCCUGUGCAAGGUCUCCAACGACAAGCCCGUUUUCCGCG